UUCCAUAUCGACGAAUGUAAAGAGCACGCUGAAUUAUGCCAAUAUUAUUGUUAAAUUUUUGUGAUAAAUAAAAUGAAAAAUUUCAAUUUCUUAUCAAUUUAUUAAAAAUUUUUAAAUUAAUCAAUUGUUGUUAUUAUAGAUGCAAGUACGAUAUGCUUAUACUUUUUAAGAUAUGACGACAAUUAAAAUCCACGGAGGUAUUGACAUUUUACGCCUACCAGUGAAUGAAGAAGAAAAUAUUUUUCCACCUUGGAAAAUAAAAUACACUCAAUCUCACAUACUUCACUCAAAGUGUUCUAAAAAUGAAGAGUCAUGUUCAAAUGAUGAAAAUCCUUGUCAAUUUUGCGUAUACAACAAAGCUUUGGAAAUGCCACACAUGCCUGACAUGGUAUUCCCCAACAACAUUUUGUGUUUACAACAUGAAAAUAAUGCAAAAAUUGAGUUCAAUGCUCUAGAUGCUCUAAAACGAGUAUCAAAUGGAAAAAUAAAUAUACAAUUAGCUUAUGCAGAAGUUUGGAAAGAAUCUCGCUCAGAAUGUAAAGAGUAUCUCGAAGAAAAAAUUAAACCAUUCGAUUGGACAUUUACAACAGACUAUAUGGGAACAAUGACUGGUAUCAAAGAAGAAACAACUGAUGAAAAAAUUGAUCUUGAAAAAUUAAAAAGAAAAGAUAAAAUUUUAUUUUAUCACGACUUAACGUUAUUUGAAGACGAAUUACAUGAUAAUGGAAUAGCUUCUUGUUCAGUUAAAAUUCGCGUUAUGCCUGAGAGUUUAUUUAUACUCUUACGAUAUUUUUUGAGAAUUGACAAUGUCAUGCUUCGAGUCAACGAUACUAGAAUUUAUCAUGAAUUUCAAAAAAAUUAUCUGCUGCGUGAAUAUACUUCAAGAGAAGCAUCAAUCAAAGAUAUAAGGGUUUCACCAGUUUUGUUCACUGAUCCCAAUCAGAUUGCUCCUCAUUUACCGCUGAAAAUUACUUUAAAUUAUAAACUUAUACUGCCACCAAAAGAAAAUCGUAAUGAUAUCAAUCAUCAACCUUCGUCAUUAUCGAACGAUAAUACUGAAAGUCAAUUAAAAUACAAACCAACUGAAGAAAUAGCAAGUAAUUCAGUAACUUAAAUUAUUAAAUAAAAAAUCAAGUAAAUAUAUUGAAAAAAAAAUUAAUGGGAAUUCAAUUUAAAAGUGAAGUAUUAUUUUCUUAUUUUGAAUUGUGUAAUUGAUACUGUAAAGAAACUAAUUCAAUAUAACUUGAUGUGGUAUAUCGCUAACUAUGAAAAAUAUUGAUAUGAGUAAUUUGUU